UUGGAAAGCAUUCAGUGCCCUCUCCCCUCUCUCUCUCUCUAACUCGGACACUCCCCCCCCCCUCUCUCUCCUCAGUCUUCCGAUGCUUGGAUCUUCCUCGCUGCAUUCCCCACAGUCCGAUCCGUCAGCUCCCGGAGCAACUGAGCUCCAAAGGCAGGUUCUUGAUCCGUAGAAGCGUCGGGCCAGAUCGAUUCGGUGGCCAUUGCAGUUGGAUCCGAGCAGGAGGAGAUCAGGCCAAAGAGGCAACAUGAUGAUGGGGACUCAACUAUGUUCUUCCAGGGUUCUGUCACUUCCGCGGGAUGAGAGCGGCGACGAGGAGCUCUCGGUGCUUCCCCGGCAUACAAAGGUUACUGUCACCGGGAACAACCGAACAAAGUCUGUCUUGGUCGGCCUACAAGGCGUUGUCAAGAAGGCUGUUGGCCUUGGAGGCUGGCAUUGGUUGGUUCUAAAGAAUGGUGUUGAGGUGAAGUUGCAGAGGAAUGCUUUGAGUGUCUUGGAAGCUCCAACAGGCAAGGAAGAUGACGACAAUAUCGACGGCAAUAAUUCAUUCUGCAGCAGCUCCGACAUGGGAGAGAAAGACAUGGAUUAUUUAGCAAGCAUAGAAUACCACAAGCCAACAAAGCCAAGGGUUCGGCAUACAAGGCCGUGGUCCUCCAGAGCAAAGUCCAGCAACCGAGGCGGCAAUUGUCAUUCCAAUUUGAAGCUGCGAGCGAGAGUAAAUCUGACAAAGCUGGGAACACCCACGCUGUCUAGAUACUGGAAGCACUUCAACCUUGUAAGCAUGAACCCAAAUCCAUCAAAGGAGGAGCUCUUCCAUGGGGUUCAGCAGCAUUUCCAGUCUCAGCAGCAGCAAUUGGAUGAGUUGCAGGUCAUCCUGGGCUUCAUUCACACUGCAAAGCGGCUCAAGACCUUGUACAACUCCUAGCCUGCCUGCCUGCUGCACAGAUCCAUUCUUCUCCUCCUUGAUGUGUAUGUGCCUAAUUUAUCAAGUCUUGAGAGAUCUUGAACAGAAAGAAUUAGAGAUUAAAUUCACCUCUAAUUCUUUUCUUACAUGUAAUGGUGGUAAAUUAUGUAAACCCUUGUUGGUUGCAAAAGUGUCAACUGAGCUGACAGAUCUCAAUUAUUGGAGAGAUAAUACUAGUAUAAUGUGUAGCUAGCCAGUGGUAUGGUCAACAAAAUGCAUGCCUUUAUCUUUUA